AUGUCACUCUUACUUAUACAUGGUAAAUGGAAUUGCGAUUUGCUCCCGAAUAAUAACGAACACAACAAUGUACAGUUAGUCAAUAUGUACGAAUGUAUUCCAACGUCCAGUAGAGUCGUGAAAAUGGCCUUCGGAAUUUAUCAUGCAAUAUUUGUGACAGAUAACAAUGAAAUUUUCAUCGCUGGAACAAGCUUACCACGGAAUGAAGCACACACUCAAUCAUCAUCAAAACCGAAUCUACAAUUUAUCACUCCUAACUUGUCAUCAUCUAUUGCCAACCAUCCAUUCUCAUCUAACUGGGCAUCACCAUCCAAUCAUUCUUUUCACAACAAUGAUGAGAAAUUCUCACCCACGUGUUACUUUCCAUUCGCCAAAGUCAAUCAUCCCUAUUUGAAAAAUUUGAUUUCAAGUCCAUUGAUUGCCUGUGGACCAGAGUUUGGCAUCUUUUCAGUGAGUACUUUCAAGUCAAGAAGGGAUCAUGAUGGAUCAAGAUCGGUUUGCACCCAAUUACAACAAUCAACUCGAUAUUUAAGAAAACAUUCCGAGAUGAAUGCAGAAGCUUCUGCAAGGAGUCCAAAUAUGGAAAGUAAUGGUGCACAUUAUAUUUUCACAUUUGGUUGGGACAGCAAAAAGGUGUUUCAACCAAGCAUUCGCAACUCACAUGAUGAAUUUGGAGGAUUGUUAUUGCAUCAUUUUCUCAUUGAACAAGUGCCUCAAGAAUUUGCUACUUUGAAAAUUUCUGAAUUAGUCUGUGGAGGAGAUCAUUGGUUUGCCAUUUUCCAAGACCGAAAUACUGUCAUUGGAAAAGGAUACAAUGCUUACUUUCAGUUAGGAUUGGGGCAUAAUAGAGAUGUGAAGCAAAUGUGUCAAAUUCCAAUAAGAGAAGAUGUCACCAUCGAGAAAGCAUCUUGUGGAUUGUAUCAUUCUAUUUUCGUAGUGAAAGAACAAGAACGUUCUUCCAGAAACAGCUUGAUUCGAGUUCUUGUAUGUGGAAAUAACCUUGCUGGACAACUCGCAGUGAAAAAUCAUUCAAAAAUUCACUCUUUUCAAGAAAGCCAUUCUUGGAGCAGAAUUGUGCAUUCGGAGGGAGUAAUUCAUUUGAAAUGUGAAUAUCAAUCGACAUGGAUCAUGACUGAAAAAGGUCACUUGUAUGCUUGUGGAUAUCUUCCAGUUUCAGAUCCAAAUCUGAGCUCAGAAAGUUCAACCAUUGCAAAGGCCAUCAAACAACGAGUAUUCGAACCAACUCUUUUCAAAAUGCCAUCUUCUUCUCCCCUUAACUGCAACAUGAGUCACACCUAUCGAAAAUCUUCUCUCUUGUCAUGUGGAGGAUUUCACACACUUGUGGCGAAUCAUCGUGUGGAUUCUCUCAUUGGAAUUGGAGACAAUACGAGUCAUCAAAUGAGAAAUGAAGAAGAAUUCUAUGGAACACUGCCUAAUGGUGAUGAAUGCCAUUGUCAAGACAUGAAUGGAAAUUCCACAAUUUCCUCAUAUUAUCAUAAAUCGUAUCAGACCGCUCCGAGAAGAAAUCCAAAGUUUUGCAUGUUUGAACAUCCUGAAAAGUCUCCCUACUCUUCAUCACCUCCUUCAUUUAGAUUUUAUCAAAUUAGUGGAAUUUAUGGCUCACGAGAUUGUUCUGUGGUUCAUUUGGAAAGAAUUCCAACGAUUACCGCGAAUAUUUGGGAAGAAAUGAAAAAUUGUGAAUCAAAUAAUUACAACGAGAUAAGGAUGAUAGAUUCGCAUCAAGUGUACUUUUGUGACAUUUGCAUGAUUCAUUAA